AUGGAUAUGUGUGCCCGUGAAUAUGGGCCAGUGCUACCCCACACGCAUCCGCUCCAUAGGGGAGUCGUCAACGUUGUGGCUAUUGGCGGGUGUGUUGGUUUCGCGGGCGUUGAGGCGAUAGCGCGCGUUCAUCCAGGGCCCCGUGACGAGCCCAGCGAGGAUGAUGAUCAGGGCGCUUGGAAGGUGGGCGAGGCCGGUUAUUCAGGGGCGCCAGGAGUAGAGGGUGGAGUAUAUUUGUGGGAGGGACGCGAGGAGGCAAUACCAGGCGGCGUCGCUGCAACUUGGGAGGAAGAGGAGGAGGGAGGUAUCUUUGUCGAGCAUGAUCGUCAAACUGGAUAA